AUGCUGACGCAACUCAUCAAGCUGACCAUGAUCAGCUUUCCCUUGCCAGCUGCCAGCUACUCCCGGCGACCAGCCCGAAGCAUGAGCGGCACCGCGGCACCGCGGCAGAGACUCACCACCUCGGACAUGAAUCCUCCGAAGCUAUCCAGGUUCCGCUCGCCGCUCGGUCCAACGCCCCGUCCAGAUCCGACCUCCUCCACAUUAGCAUCUCAUGGAUAA